ACAUAAACAUCGUAAACAAACUGCAUAACGGAAAAGCUAGCUUAGGGUCAUACAGGGACAAACAACAAGGAAAGGGGAAUUUUCAGACAUUGGAACGAAAAUGCAUUCUGUGGACAGCCCCAUCUCUCCAGCAGAUCCCCAUGAUAGGAGCAGAGUAACCAAAAUCAUUGAAUCGAUAAAGAAGGCAAUCUUUAUCCUUGGGACAGCAUGUAUUGUGUUUUAUGCGGCCAGCAACUCCAUUACUUGGCAUCUUCAGAGAAUAUGGGGUGCAUCAGGGAAUUUGUGGCAGAAAAUAUGGGAUAGGAUCUGUCUUAGUUUUGGAGAAAAUGAUCUAUUUAUUGGUGUUGUUGGGACCUACAUAGUAACCAUGAGUGUGUUUUGGUUGGCCAACUUCUUUCUCCUUAUAAUGGAAGUAACAAAGUGGCCAAAAUGUUUGAUUAAAUAUAAGAUACAGGAAGAUCCUCUGCCAGAGAAACAGAAGCCAAUGCUGAAAAGAGCUAUACAGGUAGUGUUGUUUAAUCAAACUGUGAUCACCAUACCAUUCAUGUUUGGGAUGUACUACCUGAUGAAGUGGAGGGGCUGUGUCUUUCAAGGGGAACUACCCACCUUUCACUGGUUCCUGCUGGAAUUAACAGUGUUUUCUCUCGUAGAAGAGCUGUUUUUCUAUUACUCUCACAGACUCCUGCACCACCGAAAUCUGUACUCUUACAUCCACAAACGUCAUCAUGAAUGGACUGCUCCUAUAGGCAUAAUAUCCCUGUAUGCUCACCCCAUAGAGCACCUAGUCAGUAAUCUGUUACCCCCCGUCCUUGGCCCCUUUCUGAUGGGGUCUCAUGUCUGCUCUGCCUGGCUUUGGUUCUCUAUAGCUCUUCUGUCUACCACUGUGGCUCAUUGUGGUUACCACUUCCCCCUGUUACCAUCACCAGAGGCCCAUGACUACCACCACAAAACGUUUAUUAACAAUUUUGGAGUUCUUGGGAUCUUGGAUCGUCUCCAUGGGACAGACACAUCUUUCCGUGCCAGUAAGGCAUAUCAGAGGCAUAUUCUUCUCUUGGGAUUAACCCCACUAUCUCAGCAGAUCCCAGACUCCCCUUCAAAGAAAGCACAGUGAUUCACACACUGUUUCCAUGGCUGUCUCAACAAAAGAUCUGAAAUUUACCCACCAAGCUAUUAAAUGACACUUAAUAUAAUGUUUCAAAGCAGUGGAUCAUUUUGUUUAUGAUUAUGAUAUAAAAGUAUUACUGUCAAUUUUUCUGUGAUACUAGCCUAUAAUAAUUCCAACUUACAAUUUUCAUGUCUUUUGAAUUUACUAUGAAUUCUGAGUAGAUGCCAAGUGACUAUUUAGAAAAAUAUUGCAUUUUAGUGUUAAUUUGGCCUGAAAAUUGAGAAUAAGUACUAAGCAUUGUAUUACGCUUUUUCAAACAGCUGUGUUUUUUGUUUUGUUUAAAUGUCUUGGGAACAAAUAUGUGUAUGGGGAUUGCUUACAAUGGAGAUUCUAUAACAUACAAUUCAUACAUUUGAUUUUUUUUCUGCUGUCCAUAAAAAUAUACUUGACAUCAUAUGAAUGAUAAAUGUUUAAUGUCUAUUAUUCUGGUGUUGAUGAGGUGAAAAUCAAGCUAUGAGCACAUGAUAUCAAUGCCUAGAAGUAAACUACAUUUCUUGUACUUACUACUGAGUAUCUAAAAUUUCUGUAUUAUAAUUCCCACCACCCUCUGACCUGCCUUCUCUAAAUAAUUUCAUUAUAAGCUUUCCUUAUUUAUCCUGAUGAAAGUGUGAGCUCUGAAUUUACUAGCAAUUUUAUUAUUGAUAUAAAAAUGGCAACAGAAUGUUUUUAUUCUGAACAAUCGAACACUAGUAUAUGUACUUUUAUACAUUUUUUUUUUUUGUUUUAAAGACACUUCUAGUCUUUCUCUGGUCAUUUAUCAUGCAGGACACCAGAAAUGUUAUUUCAAGAUAUUUGUGCUGAAGAUAAUAAUAAAUUAACAACUUAAA